AUGCCAAUCCACCUCGAGAUACCAGUCUUCUCCCCCUCCGCCGCGCUGCACGCCCAAGCCAUCGGCGCGCAGCGCAUCGAGCUCAACGCGCGCGGGAGCUACCCCGUCGGCGGCACGACGCCUGCGCUCGCGGACCUCGAGGGCGUGAAUAGCUGGCUCAUGGUGCCUGUGCGGAUCAUGAUCCGGCCGCGGGGGAAGCGUCUGGACGAUGAGGUGGAUUUUGUGUACAGCCAAGACGAGUUUGAGGGGAUGGUGAGGGAUGUGGAGAGGUUUCGGGGCGUGUUGAGGAGGGAGAGGGGGGAUGGUUUUGUGUUUGGGGUUUUGGAGAGGAGGAAGACUGGUGGUGGUGAUGGUGAUGGUGGGGUUGUGGUUGUGGUUGUGGUUGAUAUUGAGAGGAAUCGGAGGCUCGUUGAAGCCGCGGACGGGUUGGCGUGUUCUUUUCACCGGGCUUUUGACGAGGUUAUUCGCGAUGGGGAGGUUGAGACGAUUGAGAGGGGGGUGAGGGGUUUGGUGGGCUGCGGGUUUGAGGGGGUGUUGACGUCUGGCGGGCCGGGGAACGCGGCGGAGAAUCGGGGCCCGCUUGAGGUUGUUGUUCGGGAGGCGUCGAAGACGAUCAAGGGGGGUCAAGGGAAGGGACUGGAGGUUAUCAUCGGUGGCGGGGUGAGGAAGGAAAAUGUUGCGAGCUUGGUUGAUGGGUUUGAGGGGGGUGGUGUUUGGGCGCAUUCGAGCUGUUUUACGGGCAAGUGUGAGGAGGGGGAGGUUGAUGAUGAGGAGGCGAUGGGGAUUAUGGAGAGGCUUGCUGAGAGGUGA